AUGUGGCUAGUUCGUCUUGCCAGAGUAUUGAAACUGAAAUCUGUCACUCAAAAAUCAUUCACCGAGUACCACAGCAAACGCAACCUGGUUGAACGAGUCCAUGCUGUUGAGAAUCGUGCUUUAUCAAAUGAGGUUUUCUCCAGCACAGCCGUACGUAAAGAUUACAUCAUCGAAGAUCAGCAUCAUCGAGAAAACAUGGAACAUAUGGCUGGAGAAGUACAAAACUGUUUGGCGCGAACGCAAUAUGGUAAGCAACCGAUUUUGUCCAACGUGGAAUUGGAACUGAAGAGAAUUUUGUGUUCAACGACAAAAGUCCUCUGGUAACCUUCCUGGGAAAGAGUGAAUGCCAUAAAAACCUUGAUAAUACACGCUAUUACCCUGUUAAAAAUAAUUUGUGGAAAGAAGUUACAACACUAUGGGACCUGGAUGAAAGUUAUAUAGGAUGCUACAGAAGAUUACCAAAUUUUACAAAACAAAUUGGAAGGAGGAGGAAGAACUUGCUGGGCAGAUAAAUAUUCGACCACAAUCAUAAACCCUGAUAUUCAACAACAACCAGUUCCUGAUUAUGUAAGAUGGUUUAACACAGAAGGAGAGCUACAUUAUAUGCCACUGGAAAAAAGUUCAGAAAUUGGUGACAGAAAUAAUUGAUGGGACUCCAUGUGUAUUUCUUCCGUAAAAAGUGUUGGAAAUGACAUACAAGGUGUUUGCCCAUGGUAUAGAUACAGUGUUACUGUACAUUGCAUUUUUGAGUUGGUACACUGAAGAUGAAGUAAAACAAUUUUACGCAGAAUUUAAAGAUAGGUUGGACACAAAGUUUCAGAAUGACAAAGAACUGGAGUAUUGGUGCCAGCAUGAACUGUAUAAAAACAAAGACAAGACAUCAUUAAAACUGAAAUGCAGAGCGAACAAAAUUUCAGGUGAUGGAAAAAAACAUGAGUUAGUUAAACGCCCAGUUGAAAAAUUGGAGAAACACGUUCUGCCACCGGUCGAGAAAUACGAUGGACAAAUGUCAUGA